GUCUCAAAAGUUUGGCUCAGCCAAAAAUUAAAGAAGUAGAUGAAGAAGGUUUUUUUUCUGAAGUAUUUGAUGUUGUUACUUCAGGUGCAUAUAUAGGAAAGGCAGUUCAAGUAUCAGUUCGUGUCAAUGAUAAAGACUCAUGGAAACCUGUAGAAGAAGGGUUAGAUG